AUGUCACAUUUGGAACGCUUCGAUGGUCUGGCCUUGAAAUUGAAAAAUGAGGACGCAAGCUCUGUGCAUCUAGCUGCGGUCUCGGAAUUGUGCGACGUUAUCGAUCCCAUAGGCUCUUCAGCGGAUUAUGAACAAUUUUUGAAGACAGUGAUGGGCGUACUUUUGGAGCGCUUGCAGCAAACGCCAAUUUCAUUAGACAGCACAUCUUCCCAGCAUAAACUGAGAAACUCGAUUCUGGAGGUUGUUAGUCGAUGCAACAUGAACGAAACUUUCGAACCUUAUGCAUUGGCUAAUCUGGAAAUAAUGCUAACAAUCCUGCAGGAAGAUAACGAGGAAAAUGGUGUUCUGGCAAUGAAAAUCAUAACCAGCUUUUUCAAAGCGUACAAAGCAGCGCUUCAGGACCGGGUCACAAGCUUCAUUGACGUUAUCAUGAAUAUUUAUAAGCACAUGCCUGAGCUUGUCCGACAGACGUUCAACAGCGAUGAUGUGAGCGACGAACUAGGGUCCCCAGCAAGGUCUGCCCCCGAUAGUUUGGAUAUCAGAGAUGCAGAUGCAGACUUGGCCGAAGAAGAUGGUCACAACUUUGCAUCGUCGAGAAGUUUGAAGCAAUCGAUGUUUUCCUUUAAGGUCUUGUCAGAAUGUCCGAUCACUAUGGUGACAUUGUAUUCUUCAUACAAGCAACUCACAACCACAUCAUUACCUGAUUUUAUGCCUUUGGUGAUAGACCUACUCACCAUGGAGGCCAAUGCCCAGAAAAGAACCCGUGAAGAAGCCGAGUCUCGUGGCGAGAGAUGGAUAAGUGUCAGCCCAGACAUCAGGAAUCGGCCUGCGUACUGCGAUCUCAUCCUUUCACAGAUCAAGGCUACAUCUUUCCUAGCAUACGUAUUCAUCCGUGGCUAUGCCGCAGAAUAUCUACAAAAAUACGUGGGGUUUGUUCCGGAUCUCAUACUGAGGCUCUUGCAAGAUUGUCCCGCUGAGCUAUCUGCCGCAAGAAAAGAGCUUUUACAUGCAACGAGGCACAUUCUGUCCACAAAUUAUAAAAAAUUGUUUUUGCCGAAGAUCAAUCUUUUGUUUGACGAGGAGGUUCUGAUAGGGAAUGGCUUUACAUCGCACGAAACUCUUCGUCCAUUAGCUUAUAGUACCGUUGCAGAUUUCGUGCAUAAUGUGAGAGGUGACCUGCAACUGGAUGACAUCGAGAGGACCAUAAAAAUGUACACGAGUUUUCUUUUGGACGAGAGCUUGGCGUUGACCGUGCAAAUAAUGAGUGCUAAAUUACUGCUGAACCUCGUGGAAAGGAUUCUUAAGCUGGGGAAAGACAAUCCCAAUGACUCCGUGCGAUCUAAGAAACUUCUGAUUGUAAUAAUAGAUGCUUAUACAGCGCGAUUCAGAAACCUGAACCGCCAGUACGACAACUUAAUGAAACAUCACGAAGAAUAUGAAAAACAAAAACUGAUUAAAGCAGAGACUUUCAGAGGAGAGAUCGGAAAGAAUAAUAGGGAAACAGAAGACUUUCUCAGCACCAUGCUGAAAAUAAAAGAGCCUACGCCGGCGGUUAAGGAUCACGAGGGCGACAUCAAAAUGGAAGACACGCCUAUACAUGGGUCAAUAGCAGAUCCGGAUAAUGAGGUCGCGACUAAAGCUUUAGACAAAGAAACUGUUGAUGUUUUUGACAUCAAAAACAAGAGCCCCAUUUUACUUUCACUGCCACCUACUGGAGAUCCAUUGAAGGAUGCAUUUUAUCUUUAUCGGACAUUGAUGUCCUUUUUGAAAACGAUCAUACACGAUUUGAAGGUUUUCAAUCCGCCCUCAACUGAAUACACAACAAUCAACCCUAAAGUUUGGACCUCUCUUUCACGGGUUUUCUCUCACGAGGAGGUUGUCGUGUUCAAAAACUUGUUUCACGAGUGCAUACUGGGAUUGCAAUUUUUCUCCAGUCCUGAACGCAAAGCUACUGGCACUGAGAAAAAGCACUUUGACAUUGCUGCUCCGAGUCUCCCGGUGUCUGCGACCAAAGAUGGAAGAGAGCUCAUGGAUUAUUUUGCAAUCAUGUUCAUGCAAAUAGACAGUCCUACUUUCAAUGAUAUCGUUGAAUCCAAGAUAGAAUUUCUUUACGAAGCGAUGUUGCGGGAUUCGGCUCUUCUUCAUGUCGCACAGUCUUUCUUAACAAGUGAGAUAACAUCUCCAAAAUUUACCGGAAUAUUAUUGCGAUUUCUCAAGCAAAAGCUCAAGUCGCUCGGGAAUGUUGACGGCAAUAAAUCCAAUAUUUUGAUUCGACUUUUCAAGCUUUCUUUCAUGUCUGUGAAUCUUUUUCCCAUUACCAACGAGGUUGUCUUACUGCCUCAUUUAAACAACCUGAUCCUAGAUUCCUUGAAGUAUUCCACGACUGCUGAAGAACCUUUAGUGUAUCUCUACCUGAUCAGGACCCUCUUCAGAAGCAUAGGCGGUGGACGUUUCGAAAAUCUUUAUCGCUCGAUCAAGCCCAUCUUGCAGGUACUUCUCCAGUCUCUCAACAGGAUGAUUUUGACCGCACGGCGGCCACAUGAGAGAGAUCUAUAUGUUGAACUAUGCCUUACCGUACCUGUUCGGCUAAGCGUACUUGCACCCUACUUGACCUAUCUAAUGAAACCUUUGGUCUAUGCUCUUCAAGGAUUCCCUGAACUUGUAACACAAGGCUUGAGGACUCUGGAGCUGUGCAUUGAUAAUCUGACCGCAGAGUAUUUUGACCCCAUCAUUGAGCCUGUGGUAGAGGAUGUCAUUUGUUCUCUUUUUAAAUUGUUGAAACCACAACCGUUCAACCAUCAAAUUAGCCACACCGCUGUCAGAAUACUUGGGAAAUUAGGUGGGAGAAACAGAAGAUUUCUCAAGCAGCACACUGAUCUAAGAAUCGCAGGAGAACUGGACACGCCUGUCAAUGCGCUAUUCAAAAUUCAUGGAAUGAGCGAGGAAGUUCCACUCUCAAUCACAACAGGAGUGCGCUCCGCUCUUAAUAUUCUCGAAGAUUACCGUUCCGAUAUUUUCUACAAAAAGAGGGCUUUCGAUUACCUCAAGUCGAUCUUACAAUUGUUUCUCAAGUCAUCGUUGGUGUUCCCGGACAAUUACGAAAAGUGGGUUAGAAGUGCUUUAAAGCUUCUAUCGACAGAAAGUUUCGAGCCUGUUGAGUCUAACAACAUCAAUGAGGGCAAAGUCAAAGACAGACGACUCCUAGAAAGUCAAGAGCUGCUCUUGAUGAAACUGUUGGAGUCACUGAUUUUUUCUACCUCGACCGUAGAGCUGAAGGAGGACGCAAAGGAUCUUCUCCAAAAUGUGAUUCGCCACUUCUGCUUUUUGCAGCUGAACAAUUCGGUCAAAGCUAAACGUAGCGAGAACACUACUUUUAAUGUUAACGUGAAGCUAUUCGAUGUCACCAUUGAUGUAAACAUCGUGCUUGACGCGAUACUAACAGGAUUGGGAUCCUAUCUGGAAGAGGCGCGCGAAACCGCUGUGUCAGCCGUUAAAAUGAUUUUUGACACGAGCAAUACUAUUUACGGCCAAGAACUUGCCUUGAAAUACUCGUUCAUACCUGUCCUGACUAAGAAGCUAAUUCACAAAUGCUACGAUGAAGCUUACUUCGAAAAAAGUAGUGGGAUUUGGGGUAUCAAAACCCUCCUAGAAGAGCCAAGCAUACCCGUCGAAUAUUUGAAAAGAUAUCAAUUUCAUAUGAUUGCUAGUCUACUGUUCGUUUUGAUUGAUACCCCAAUGGAAGCUCCAGGAAUCAUACGUGAACGUGCCGCCAGUAUGAUCAUGGAAAUUUUGUCUAGAACGUGCCAAAACAUUAGUGAAGACGACUUAAAAGACAAAGAUUUGCAGAAUACUCUUAUCGACAUUGUAUGCGAGUUGAGUAACGCCAAGGAAAUCGUCAGAGAUACAUGUCAAAAGGCUCUUCUCACUAUAUCGGAAGUUUCUGGCCUUUCAAUCGGGAAAUUGAUGGAGCAUUCGAAAAAUUUCUUACUUUCUCCAAUUUUUGCAAAACCGCUGAGAGCUCUACCGUUCCCCAUGCAGAUUGGCAAUGUGGAUGCUAUAAUCUACUGUUUACAACUUCCCCAUACUUUCUUGGAGUUCAACGAAGAGCUUUAUAGACUUUUGCAUGAGGCAAUAGCUUUGGUGGAUGCUGAAGAUGAGUCUCUUGCGAGUGCUCAACGGGUGACAGAGUACCAGACAGCGGAGCAGUUAGUACAACUUCGAGUAGUGUGCAUAAGAUUACUUUCUCUCGCUUUGAAGAAUAAUGACUUCGCCUCAGCUCAACAAGGUGCUACGCGGAUCAGAGUUCUUGCCGUCUUUUUCAAGACUAUGUUGAAAACUUCACCGGAAAUCAUCGAAGCAACAUACCAAGGUUUGAAAAGUGUUUUAGCCGAGAACUCGAAGUUACCAAAAGAGCUCUUACAGAAUGGACUGAAACCGAUGCUUAUGAACCUUUCGGAUCAUCAAAAACUGACGGUUUCUGGCCUUGAAGCGUUGGCAAAGCUACUAGAGCUAUUAAUAGCAUACUUUAAAGUUGAGAUAGGGAAAAAGCUGCUUGACCAUCUGGAUGCCUGGUGUAGAGUGGAAGUGUUAGAUAUGCUUUUUGGAAAGGAUCUUAAAGAGCAAACUCCGACGAAAAUCAUUUAUGGAAUCAUCAAUAUCUUCCAUCUCUUACCACCGCAGGCCGACAUUUUCCUCAACGAUCUUCUUUUGAAGGUGAUGAUGGUGGAAAAGAAGUUGAGGCUUCAACUUGAUUCUCCUUUUCGUGUGCCGAUGGCAAAAUAUCUUAACAGGUUCCAUGUUUCUGUUGUAUCCUAUUUCAAGAAUAACUUGGGCUCAAGAGAUUUGGUACUCCUCAUGUGUUCGAUAAUAAGAAAACCAGAAGCAAUUGAUCUAAAAAAUGACUUCAAAAGCGAAUUCGAGAAUUUUUAUGAAUAUUACAUGACAGGAAUUGCAUCGAACAAGGUGAGAGUGGUCACCUUUUUUGCUAAUGUGGUAGAAAUAUUUGACGCUCUGCUCGAAGUAGAGGGUGAAGCCUGGCUUGCAGAAAGUGGACCAACAUUGGCGAAAAUUAGAUCGAUGUUCAAACUUGCCGUUGAUACGGUUGAAGAGGGUGCAUUUCACUAUGACUUGUUGCAGCUCUCACAGGCCGCUGAAAAAGUUCAGAAUUCAUACGCUCAGUAUUUGACGUUGAACGUGAAAAAUGCAUCGUUACUUUUCGAAUACCUGGAUUUUGCGUUCAAUGCAAAAAUCGCCCUUUCUCAAUCUAUAUUUGAGUUUAUUGAAAGCUGCGUGAUAACCACAUCGGAAACUGAGUUGAAAAGGGUCUACCUUCAGCAGGCCAUGGUGUUUGUAACCAGUGAUAGACCCCUGGCUGCGAGUGUUUUCGUGCUCAAGAAUGUGAUCAAUAGCGCACUCGUUUACGAGGGCGCAUCGAGAAAAUCUCUGACGCAUCUUACCGGUGAGCAAGGAGAACCAUUUCCUGAAUGGCUAAAUUUGAUGUACUCAAAAGUCUGGAAAGGGUCGAAUGAGGCUCUAGAAAAUUACGCCGCUGGAGACUAUGAUACAUUCAGAUUUGAGCUUCUGCAACUAUCCUCAAUUUUGACCGAGUACGCUCCAGACUUGAACUCUGAUAUCAGAAAAGAUAUUAUCAGAUUCUGUUGGAAUUUUAUCAAGCUGGAGGAUCCACUUCUUAAACAAGCCGCUUACAUGGUUACAGCUCGUUUUAUUGCAAAAUAUGAUUUCCCUGUCAAAAUCGUGACACAAGUUUUCGUCGCUCUGUUACGAACAACCCAGCUCGAAUCUCGGUUCAUGGUGAAACAUUCUUUGGACCUUUUGGCACCAGUCAUGCAUGAUCGGAUGUCGCAUGCUGAUUCUCCGAAUUCUUGGGUCAACUGGGUCAGGCGUGUACUGUCUGAGAACAAUGCAAGUCAGAACAGCACACUGUACCAACUUUUGAUCAGUCAUCCCAACGAGUUUUUUGAAUCGCGCGACCUAUUCAUACCUAGCAUCAUAAAUUACAUUGGUAAGCUGACUAUGCUGGCUAAUCCCAAUUUAGAAAAUCAAGCUUUGGCUGUAGACUUGGCUGAGCUUAUUUUGCUUUGGGAGCAGAGAAAUAACGAACUUCAAAGCGCUGCCUUAGCUUCUAACGAAAAAGAAGAAACUGUAGGAGAAGAAGCAAGACAGAAUAUAACUACUGGCCAAAAGGAGGCUUUCGUUUCAUGCAUAAUAAGAUACGUGUGCGCUAGCGCACACAGGGCUUCGGAAACUGAGUUGGGUUAUAGAUCUUUGAGGGUUCUUUCCGAGAUUUUAAGCGAAAAUUUAUGGCCAAGUGUCAACAUCAAAUUGAACUACUUCGAGAAGUUUCUUGUCCAGCAGGAUCUCGCAACAUCAAACGUUUCCUUUUAUUGCAUGAAUGCUUUAGAUGUCCUUGCUAUUAUUUUACGGAACAAAAGUUCAACAUGGAUUUUGAGUAAUCUCACUUAUCUUCAAACUCUACUUGAAAAAUGCAUGAAGACCGAUCAUCAUGACAUACAGGAAGUUCUUCAAAAGGUGCUUACCACCAUUCUGACCGCUAUAAAAUCUGAAGAAGAUAUUCAAGUGGAAAGCGAUAUCGAAUCUCCAGGCAGAGCAAUGGUGAACACGUUGGUUUCGAUAAUCACAGAAGAUCUACAAGGUACUUCGUCUGUGGCGGCAGGCGUGAUGAUUACUUGGACACUGUUCAUUUCCUUCCCACAACAGAUAGAUCCCCUUCUACCAUCUAUUAUGAAGACUUUCAGCAAGUUAUGCAAGGAUCAUCUGGCGACCUCACAGCCUAAAGACCCUGCUACUCUAGAGGAAGCGAGAAUUACCACGAGGUUACUGGAAAAGAUCUUGUACUUGCUUUCCAUAAAGGUAGCUUCUUUGGGUGACGCUAGACGGCCGUUUUUAUCCACCGUUGCGCUGCUCAUUGAUCGUUCCAUGAAUCAGCAGUUUUUGAAAAAUGUCAUCACUAUUGCCCGUACGUGGGUUUUCACGAAUGAGAUUUUUCCAACGGUGAAAGAGAAAGCGGCAAUUUUAACAAAGAUGCUGGCCUUCGAGGUCAGAGGAGAGCCAAAGCUUUCUAGACAGUUCUACGAAAUAAUACUUGAACUGUUUGAAAAUAAAAACUUCAAUAACAGUGAAAUUACUGUAAGAAUGGAGCAGCCGUUCUUGGUGGGAACCCGCGUUGAUGAUAUUUACAUCAGAAAGAGAUUGAUGUCAAUUCUUGACGAAAGUCUUGAAAAAGAAAUCAGAGAACGGCUCUACUAUGUCAUCAGAGACCAAAACUGGGAAUUCAUUGCGGAUUAUCCCUGGUUAAAUCAGGCUUUGCAGCUUCUUUAUGGGGCUUUUGAUAAGGAGUAUGCUCUUUGUCUAAGUGACUCUUAUCAGCUGGACACUUUAGAGGCACUGGCUACAGAUUUCUCUGUUGAAAAGAUUACCGACGACUUUGACACUAGCCCACUGACUAGCCUCGUCGAAGAACACAAGCAGUUUGCUGAGAAGUUUGAGCAAGUUACGACGAAUGAUUUGCUAGACCCUUUAGUCGACAUAUUUUAUCAAAGUCCGCAAGCUAUACAUGCGACAUGGAUAAACGUGUUUGGAGCAGCAUACAAAUCGAUUCCCAAAAACGAGAAGUUUGGCUUUGUGCGUUCUUUGGUGACCUUACUCUCAAAAGAUUAUCAUGCUCGCCAGUUGAAUGUACGGUCAAAUGUUGUGAGCACAUUGUUGGACUCAAUAGGUGAAAUUGAUUCGCUAGAGCUUCCUCCCCACCUCAUUAAAUAUGUCGCCGGAUCGUACAACUCGUGGUAUCAGUCGAUCAGAAUUCUCGAGUCAAUGGAAGAGAAAGCGAGCCUCGAGAACGCGAAAAUCAUCGAGACUAAUGAGGAUGCUUUGCUUGAACUUUACAUCAACCUACAGGAGGAAGAUAUGUUUUAUGGUCUCUGGAGACGUAGAGCGAAAUAUACAGAAACUAGCAUAGGGCUUUCAUUCGAACAGAUUGGGCUCUGGGACAAGGCGCAACAACUGUAUGAAGCUGCACAGGUCAAGGCCAGAAGUGGGGCUUUACCAUACUCUGAUUCUGAAUACGCUACCUGGGAAGAUAAUUGGAUUAUGUGCGCUGCGAAACUUCAGCAUUGGGAUGUCCUUACCGAGCUAGCUAAGCAUGAAGGUUUCACAGAUUUACUAUUAGAAUGCGGCUGGAGAGUUGCAGACUGGAGUGCAGAUAGAGAAGCCCUCGAACAGUCGGUGAAAAGCGUCAUGGAUGUCCCCACACCUAGGAGGCAGAUAUUUGAGACAUUCCUAGCCUUGCAAAACUUUGCCGAAACCAAGAAAGGAGAGCAAGAUGUCAGAAGACUAUGUGACGAGGGCAUUCAGUUGUCCCUUCACAACUGGGCAUCUAUGCCGGAGCGUUUCACUCCCGCUCAUAAAUUCCUUUUGCAUGGAUUCCAGCAGUAUAUGGAGUUCCUGGAAGCUACGCAAGUUUAUUCUAAUCUGGCAUCGACUACCGUUCAGAACCUGGAUUCCAAGGCGCAAGAAGUUAAGCGAGUGUUACAAACAUGGCGGGAUCGCUUACCCAACAUAUGGGAUGAUAUCAAUAUGUGGAAUGAUUUGAUUACAUGGCGUCAACACGCAUUCCAAGUAAUCAAUAAUGCCUAUCUACCGCUGGUACCAGCUUUGCAGCAAGCGAGCGGAAAUAGUAAUGUCAAUACGCAUGCUUACCGAGGCUAUCACGAAAUUGCUUGGGUAAUCAAUAGAUUUGCUCAUGUCGCCCGUAAGCAUAACAUGCCCGAUGUCUGCAUCAGUCAAUUAGCGCGAAUCUACACCUUGCCCAACAUUGAAAUCCAAGAAGCCUUUUUGAAGCUUCGGGAGCAGGCGAAGUGCCAUUAUCAGAACAUGAAUGAAUUAACCACUGGACUGGAUGUGAUCAGCAACACAAAUCUAGUAUACUUUGGGACCGUUCAGAAGGCUGAGUUUUUCACUUUGAAGGGUAUGUUCCUUUCGAAAUUAAGAGCACACGACGAAGCUAAUCAGGCGUUUGCCACCGCCGUCCAAAUAGAUUUGAACCUAGCCAAAGCUUGGGCCCAGUGGGGCUUUUUCAACGAUCGCAGACUUUCUGAAGAACCACAAAAUAUCAGCUUUGCAAAUAACGCCAUCAGUUGUUACCUCCAAGCUGCCGGGCUCUACAACAACUCAAAGACAAGAAAACUACUAUGCAGGAUAUUGUGGCUCAUAGGAAUUGACGAUAGUACUGGAACGCUUGCGGGUGCAUUCGAGUCAUUCCGGGGCGAGAUCCCAGUUUGGUAUUGGAUAACAUUUAUACCGCAGCUACUGACAUCGCUUUCUCACAAGGAAGCCGGUAUGGUCCGCCAGAUAUUGAUAAGGAUUGCUAAAAGCUAUCCUCAGGCAUUGCACUUCCAGCUCAGAACCACUAAAGAAGACUUCUCUGUUAUUCAGCGGCAGACGAUGGUCGCAAUGGGAAACUCGCGUCCACCUAACAACAAAAGCCCUAACUCCGUUAAUGGGACACGACAACCUUGGGAGUAUUUGGAUGAACUCAAUGGUAUUUUGAAAACAGCAUACCCUCUCUUGGCUUUGUCCUUGGAGUCUUUGGUCGAUCAAAUCAAUCAAAAAUUUAAGACAACAUCCGACGAGGACCUUUUCAGAUUGAUCAAUGUAUUGCUGAUUGACGCAACCUAUAAUUACAACCGUCUUCCGUUGCCAAGAGUGGAUUUGUUACUUCCGGCAAGCACUGAAACAAACUUGGUCAGAUUCUCUGAAAAUUUACUUCCACCACAUAUAAGAGUCAAAUUCAACGCUGACUUCAUUGACAGUAAGCCAAAUUUCGAAGAAUACAUCAAAAGAUUGCGUUACUGGCGGAACCGUUUGGAGACUAAACUCGACAGAGCUCCAAAGGUUGAGAACAUGGAAAAAUGGUGCCCCCAUUUGAGCAAUUUCCAUCAUCAGAAGUUUGAAGACAUCGAGAUUCCUGGACAAUAUCUUCUAAACAAGGAUAGCAAUGCUCACUUCGUGAAGAUCGCUCGCUUUCUACCUCAUGUUGAAUUUGUUCGCGGUACUCAUUCUUCGUAUAGGCGACUGACGAUUCGUGGCCACGAUGGUAGUCUACACUCCUUCGCUGUCCAGUACCCAGCUGUAAGGCACUCACGCCGAGAGGAAAGAAUGUUUCAGUUGUUCCGCCUCUUCAAUGAGACUCUUUCAAAAAAUGUGCAAACACGUCGGAGGAACAUACAAUUCACCCUCCCAAUUGCAGUUCCAUUGUCACCUCAAGUCCGCAUAAUGAAUGAUAGCAAUACUAUCACAACGAUGCAUAGCAUUUACGAUGACUAUUGCGAUAAAAAUGACAUGGAUAGAAACGCAAUUCAAGACUUUGUCUGUCAACAACUAGAUGCUGCCUACGAUAAAAUUUUACCCCCUCCAGAUAUAACAGCCGUGAAAGUCGAAAUUUUCAGUUCCGUGCAAUCGAUGUACCUCCCUUCAGUGGUCAUGAAAGACUACUUUAUGAAAUUAUUCACUCAGUUCGAGGAUUUCUGGCUUUUCCGCAAACAAUUUUCAUCGCAGUAUGCCCUGUUCGUUUUCAUGACCUAUAUGCUCGCCAUCAACAAUCGCUCGCCUCACAAAAUUUCGAUCGAUCAGGUAUCUGGCGACGUCUUUACAACGGAGAUGCUUCCAGCAAGAUAUCCAUAUGAGAGGGUUAAGCAGACAGUGAAAAAUUUCGAGGCCAAGAUACCAGCGGACUCUCCAGUAUUUCACAACAACGAGGCCGUGCCAUUCCGAUUGACACCAAACGUGCAAAAAUUGAUUGGUGACUCUGGUCUUGAAGGUAUCUUAUCUGUCAACGUUUUCGUCGUGGCGCGUGCGUUGCUAGAACCGGAGAAUGAACUCAACACUUACCUGUCACUAUUUAUCCGUGAUGAAGUCAUUUCAUGGUACAGCAAUCUGCAUCGUUCGAUAGUGGAGGAUCCCCAAUUGCGGGAAAUUGUUCGCACCAAUGUUGACUUAAUUACCAGGAAGACUGCGCAACUGGGACAUUUGAGCUCGAAGCCCUCUGUUGCGACCCAAUACGUUUUAGAUGCCAUCAGUGCGGCUGUGAGUCCAAGAAACCUGGCCAAAAUGGAUCAAAGCUUCAUGCCGUACUUCUGA